UGUCUUGUAAAUAACCUUCACAAGCACGUGCUCUUGGAGGUUUCGUUGUAGGCUUCCCACCGUUGUUUUUGUUCUCCUUGUUUGCACAGUACGCAUUAGUAAUAUAAUAUUGAAGUUUUGAUGAGAUUUCAUUUUCAAAUAAGUUAACUAAUAUUAGUGGUAAAAUGAAGAGGCCAACGCUUAGAGAGCUAGAAUUACAAGAGCUUGAAAAUUAUGAGGGAGAAACUGAUUCAGAAACAGAGGCAAUACAAGAAGCUUUUGCCAGAGGAGAUCUUAAGCCAGGACUUAACAUUCCUGUUAAAGAUAAAGUCAAGACAAAUAAUGUUCCUCUCCUGAAAGACACAUUAAGUGAAAUCAAGUUGGAUCUUCCGUGGAUUGAAAGAUUGGAUGUAACAAACGAACAAGCACCAUUGGCCCCUGAACUCGCUUUGCAGAUCAGGGAAGAAGAACAAGGACAUAAUCCAUUAGUUUAUGACGAGUUGAAGAGAGAAAGCGUAUUCUAUAGACAAGCUCAGAACGCUGCCAUGAAAGUGUUACCAAAAUUGAAAGAACUGGGCCUUAGAACUGAGAGGCCUGACGACUAUUUUGCCGAAAUGGCCAAGUCAGAUCAGCAUAUGCAGAAGGUGAAAGGUGAAGCCAUCAAGAAAAAACUAAUGAUGGAAAGAAUUGAAAAACUGAGAGAAAUACGAGCUCAGAAGAAAGUUCAGAAAGCUCUUCACGCUCAAGCUAAGGUUGCUAAAGUUCAAAGUAAAAAACAAAUGUUAGAAGAAGUGAAAAAGUACAGGAAAGGAGAAACUAAGAGUUUAGCUUUCCUUGAGCCAGGAUUUAAGCCAAAAGCCAAACCAAACAAAUCCCAAAUUAAAAGACAACGCAAGGAUACUAAAUUUGGUCAUGGAGGAAAAAAAAGAGGAGCUAAAAGGAAUACUAGGGAUAGUACAAGCGGGAUCGAGCCGAAGCGCCCACGAAACAAACCAUUCACUGCCGGUUCUGGGAAAAAAGCGAUGCAACAGAAAAGGCCGGGUAAAAACGCUCGUCUAAAACAGAAAUCUAAGAGAAAGAACUGAAUAACUUUUAACGGCUUUGCCUUCCGCAAAAACAUAACAUUUUCUCAUAACGGUAUUAUCUGUAGAGAUAUAUUGUGAGAAUGCUGUUUUACUGAACUCUUUUAUAGGAGUGUGUCAAUGUUUUUUAAACAUCAAUUAUUCAUUUUUAAAAGUUAUUUAUUGUUACAUUCAUUCAUAUUUCAAAUAGAAAAUUUUUAAUUCUCCGUUGAAAUAUGUUUGUUAAUUUACUUUCUUUUAUGUAAUUUUUAUUAUGAAUUAAUUAUAAGAAUCCUUAUUUUUAUAAUGA